AUGGACAUUACGCUGGGCAUGACGGUCGAGGCAUUUCUGAAGUGCGAUAACGGCCGGCAUCCUGUCACCAUUCAGUUGAACAGCAACAUGAUUGCGCCAGCGCAUUUGGGCGCGACCGUCAUCGGACGGGCCAAUGUCGAUGGCAGCACCAGGACCAUGAUGGCGUUGCUGGAGGGGCUGGAUCUUCAGUCGAUCGGCGUCGCGGCGCCCCGUAUGGCGCGCGAGUUUCACUUGACCCCAGGCGAGCUUGGCUGGGUUUUUGGUAUUAACGCGUUAGGGCUAUUGCCGGGUUCCGCGAUUGGUGGAUGGCUUGCUGACCGCAUUGGCCGCAAGAAUAUGUUGAUGCUGGCGGUAGCCUGGUUUGGCAUAUUUUCCAUCUUGACCACCCAGGUCUGGAACCUGGACAGCCUUCUGGUUGCGCGGUUCUUGACCGGUUUGGGCCUGGGUGGCGCGAUGCCUACCCUCAUUGCCUUGUGCUCGGAAACCACGCCACCGGAGAGGCGCGGUACCGUGGUGGGGGCGAUGUACUGCGGCCUGCCGUUCGGCGCUGUGUUUGCCUCUUUGAUAGGAAUUAUCAGCAAUGCCGAAGAUGCGUGGCGGCACAUCUUCUACCUGGGCGGAAUCGGCCCACUGCUCACGCUGCCCUUGUUGGCACUGUUCCUGAAAGAGUCCAACCAAUACAUCAGCGCCAGUGAGAAAGGUGGCGUCCAAGCGUCGGGGGCUGUCGUCGACGCGCUAUGGAAAGGUGGACGCGCUAGCACAACACUCGCUCUAUGGCUUAGCUACCUGUGCACGCUCAUCGUUCUCUAUUUCCUGAUCAACUGGUUGCCUACCCUGGUGCUCUCUCGCGGGCUGACGCCGCUGCAAGCCAGUAGCGUUCAAAUCAUGUUUAACAUCGGCGCGGGUAUCGGUGCCAUUUCCAUUGCCGCUCUGUUUGACCGGUCAAGCAAACGCGUGGUGGUUAUCGCCACCUAUAUCGCCGUAGUGAUCGCGCUUCUGGCGCUCGCCGCCGCCACCAAUGGUGUGGCGAUGGCUGCGGGUGGACUCUUUGCAGGUUUGUUUCUCACCGGCGCGCAGUCGGUUUUGUACGCGCUGGCCGGCACGGCUUAUCCAGUUGCCGUGCGCGGCACGGGGAUUGGCGCGGCAGGGGCGGUGGGUCGGCUCGGAUCGGUGAUCGGGCCUUUGCUGGCGGGCAUCCUCUUAGGGCAGGGGCAGAGCGGGGUAAUGCUCGUGGCAUCCAGUGUCUUGUUGAUCGUUUUUGCGGCAGCCGGCCUUCUGAGGGCUAGCCGCAAUAUCUUCUCG